UAACAGUAACAUACAAUACCUUUUAAUGUAUUUACCAUUUCACUUUUUGAUUGCUUUAUUCAAAAAAUGGGAAAGCAAAUGGAAGCAUUUAGAAAUGUUUAUUCUAGUAUAAUGAGACACUUAAUUAAUAAUAACGUGUUUUUAAUGCCUUUAACUUGGUAAAAUAUUCCCAAUGUUGUUCUUUGGUGUAUUACAUUGCAAAAUUUAACUUGUAGGUAUUAAGGCGAAUGACCAAAAUCAGGGUAUGGAAUAUAUUGAAGGAGGCAUAAAGGUUUAGUGAGAAUACCAAGGCUUAAGGCCUUCGCAGCUAAAGUCACAGCUGCAGUUAGGUGCAAUGAGAUUUCCAGAGGCAGUGAAAAGACCACUGAGUAUCAAAGUUACUUUGAGGAAGCCUCUAACAAGUAUUAUCAAGUAUCUUGAAGCGCAUCCUGCUGUAAAGCCAAAGAUAUUGAGAGGAGUGUCAAGCUGCACUUCAGGAAACUUCAGUCAAUCAUCAAAACGACUAUCUACAAUUCAAAACUGUGGCUCUCCAACAAUUCUAGGGAACAAAGGUUACAGCCUUCACAACGGUGUAGAUGGAGGUGUGAAGAAACGACCUUGGAUGUCCAAUAGGGAUGUUACAAGUCACACACAAAGAAUGUGCAUUGACUAUUUCUCAUACUUGCCUAAUGGAAAAGGACUGUCAACAGGUAUCAAAGCCAUCCAGCCAGGGACCGUUCCCAUAAUCAAGAGACAACGGCCAAACUGGAUCAUUGACCCUGAUGAUGAAUUUUUUGUGGCAACCGAAGAAACAAGGAAGAUUCGCAAACUUCUAUUACCUUCUGAGAUGAGGAGAGCUUCCAGGCGACCUUGCUGCCCAGUUGUCAUGCCAUCUCUUCAACGCACUUUUACUUCCCCUAAUCAAUGCUAGCAGUCUGGCACUGUAGAAGGCGGUGUCGGUACAGACUGAAAACAUGAAAUCAAUGGAUUGAGCCAGACUGAAGCUUCUCAAGAAAUGAGCAUUAAUUGAAGCAGAAGAUCACGUGGAUUUCUGCUCAAGCCUUUAUAGCAUUUUUGUCAGUUGUGUGAUGUCAAGUCCAUUAGCAAAUCAAUGUCUCCAUUUUUACGGCAAAGUUGUUUUGCCACACUCUAAGCAGAAAAAUGUGCAAAUUGUUCCACAUAUUAUUUUCUCGUGCAAUCAGAACAGUGGUGACACCAAAUAUAUUGCUAUCUUGAAUAUUUAAUUUUUAUGCUAGGCAGUUAAACAACUGUAUCACAGUAAUUUCAUAUCCUUGUUAACUUGUUUUUAGAUGUAAUUGUCAGUGCAUACACAGAUCAGGAAUGCCCAAACUGUGAUCUGUGGCUCAGGAUGGUUUGCCCAGACAACCCAGACCUAUUCAUGCUCAUACUUUUUGUUUGUCUAGCUUUUGUGAAUUUUGUGGGCCUGAGCAUCGAAAAGGGCUUUUCUUAAUAUUAUCCCUUCACUGGUGGAAAAGUCAGUUAACCAGAACCUCAUAAUGUCAGCACUUUUAGGCUUCAUACAAAUAUUGGGAGCAUAGAUUUAAACUUUAAAUAUUGUCUGCGAAGUCCAACAGAAAAAUUCAUUCAGUGCUCGAAGACUGAACAUAGAAACAGUUCGUACAACAUCAUUUGUUGCAAGUUAUGAGAUAAAAUAAAUUAAGUUUAGCAGUUGUGUGUACAGGGUACUUCCAAAUAUGUUUAGUGUCAGGAAGGGAAAACCCCUGUUUUACAGGCUCAGAUUGAAUGGAUUAUCCAGCAUCCUUCCAUGCGUAAAAUAGACUGAUUACUAAAGGAUGGAAGACAACAAUAUCAUUCCAGUAUCUGAAAUUAUGUAAGGCAGUUUUUCAUUGUCUGCUGCAUUUUUUGGGCAUUGAACAUGAAAAUGUUUUGCAAAAUUUACAGCAUCAAUAACCAGGCAGCACAAAUGCAGAAGAAUAAGCUUUGACUGACUUGCUCCCCUGCUAUUGCAGUAUCCCUUCUGCCACAUGACAUCCUGGCCUAGAGUCACAAUUGGACAUAGAGCUUCCAUUUUGACCUUUAAUUGGAUUGGCUGUCUUCUGGACAGAGAGCUAUAAAUUGUCCAAGCGACAUUUGAUUGAACAAGUUGAGAUGGUGGUGGUAUUGCAUUCCAUUUCCUACAACAACCUAAGAAAUAUAAAAUCCAGUCCAUUGUUACACUAGCAAGACUUUCAGUUGCUCUCACCCUGCUGGGUAUUUGGGUGAUCAGUACACAGAGGCAAGGAAGUACACCAAUUUUUGCUUCAUAGCAUAAGUGGCAAUUCAUCUAAUUAGACAAAAUGUUGGAAAACUGUCAGCUAAUGACUGGUACCUGGCCGAUUCAUAAACAUGAGAGACUACUGAGCAUACAGCUAGAGCUGUAGUCAUGACAAUGCUUAUGUUAGCAUGCCUAUGUCAAAAAUCAAUAGGCAAAAUUCACAAAUGGUGAAAUGUUUAUCUGUAGCACCUUACAUUAACAUGUGAGGCUACAGAAGGAGCUUCAGUUUGUUGAAUGAGGAAUGUUUUCACAGAAUUUGAUAAUCUAUUUUUAGGCUCUGUACAUUCAUUUUCCUUAUUUGUAAAGUAAUCCAGAUUUUUUACUAUUUUCUUUUAUGUAUCCUGUGUCAAACACAUAGCAAUGUGACUGUGCUUCAUUGGUGACCUAAAUUGUAUGAUGCUUAACUAGUGCCUAUUUGCAUGUUUAAUUUAUUUGAUGGGAGAAAGCUACACCACCAUUUUCAUUUACAAUACAAAUGAGGUAAAACUUAGUCAUACAGCAUGCAAACAGAUGCUUUGGUCUAACCAGUUGCUGAUCAUAAUCUCAAACUAAACUUGUCCCACCUGCCUGAAACAAGACUUUUGGGUUUUGUUUUUGUUUUUAUAUAUUUUUUUCCAAUCUGAAUCAAGUGAGUUUGGGAAAAGACCGGUAAAGUCCUUCCAUCCUCUCAUCAAUGCAUCAUUAUAGUUUCUGGUACCGUGCUCAAUUACCUUAUUUAGUUGACUCUUUACAAUUUUCAAAAGUUUACUGCACAACUUCAAACAGUUGCAAAGAACCCCUAGUUGACAUACUGAACAGGUUUACAGAUAACCACCUCUGGGAUCUCUUUCAUACACUGCACCUCUCCUCAUUUAUAUGAAUAGAGCAUGGCCAAGUGAAAUUUAAAAUGCCCUCUUUGAAAUGAUCACAUUUCGUGAACUUCCAUCGGUAUGAGAAGAGGAACAUUUUUUAAAACAGAUGAAACAUGGUCAUGCCAGUCAAAUUAGGAAGAUUUCUGUAGCUUUAAUCCAUCCUAAAAAGCUUUCUUUAGGGUAAGAAAGUGAUCCAUUGGUUUUUGUCUUAGCAUCAUGUCUGUAAAAAGGAAACACAGUAGUAAUUUGGUUGAAUGUCUAAGCUUAAAAUUUGAUGAAUUUUUUUUUAACAUCAAAGUCAAUGAUCUUGAACAAGCAUCUUGAACAGUCCUACAUGCAGUCACCAUCUCUCUACCUAGUCUGUGAAUGUGACUGUUAGGAAAACAAUUCCUAUGGAUUCCAUUUAUUUUGAUGGUGAUUUCAUAUUAGGCUGGCCCUGGGUAAGUAAGUUCUCGAUUUGUAGAUAGGUGCAUUUUCUUAGUGAAGUUCUCACAUACCACUUCACCCAUCAUUUCCACAUUUAGCUUCCAGCACAGGUUUCUGAUGUUAGGGAAAUUUUCUAAGUAGGAUAGGGUUAAGCCUGAGCAACGUUUCAUAGUGGUGGGGGUGGGGGUAAAGUUUUGAUUGCCUUUUUUUCAUUAGUUCAUGAGUUGUGAGUAUCAUUGGUGAGGCCAGUAUUUAUUGCCAAUCCCUAAUUGCCCUGGAAAAGGUGUUGAUGAGCUGCUACCUUGUAGUCCGUGGUGGAUGAGUACAUUCGCAAGGUUGUUAUUGAGGGAAUUCCAGUAUUUUGACCACCCUGCAACAGUGAAGGAGCAGUGAUACAGUUCCAAGUCAGCAUGAUAUGUGGCUUACAGGGAGUGAUGUCCCCAUAUUUUAACUGCCCUUCUCAUUCUAGGUUGUAGAGGGCCUCCAGUUUGUAAGGUGCUGGCUGAGGGCCUUCGGUUAGUUGUUGCAUUGCCUCUUCUAGAUAGCAUGAGUACUGAGAGCGUAAACAUUUUAUGAAGUGAUUAUGUUUACAGUUACCAAAUUCCCCGUGGGGAUUGUUUUGAAGACUGUUCUUGUGAUUGUAGAAGUAGGUGGUUUCCAAAUGGACAUCAGGUAGAGGGCUAACCUUUGGAUGGUUUCAAAUGGACAAGGAAGACAACCAUAUCCAAAAAAGCAUGCUUGUUCUGUGAUGUCAUCAGCACAAAUCAUGGCCUUGGAACACAAAGAAAGGAAAGUAAUCAGUUCUAGAGAAACCACUCAAGUCACUUGAGAGGACCUACAGACACAGACUUGGCUUCCUUGAUGUAACUGAAGAGUAGUGCUGGCUAGAAAUGGUCAGUUACUGUGAAAAUUUCACUGUCUUCAGUUCCUUUGUCUCUGGUUCAUUAUAGCUGCAUGUAGUUGAAUAUGGGUGGCAGUGAAUGAGUUAUGUAACAGGGUGCUGACCUGCAUCAACAUCCCCUGUACCAGCAAUAACCAAUAUAAGCAGGCAAUCAGAUUUGCAUCUCUGGUCUGUCUUGGUACAGGUUGCCAGCGAUUGAACAAAUAUGUCAAUCCAGGACAAUAAAUCAACCCAAUCACUUUCAUUCUAUUGAUUAAUUUUAUUUGCCCUUUCAAGCUUGUCCUGUGAGUAGUCCCACCAGUGAGGUAUCUAAGUGUUACAAUGAGAGUCAAUGAACAAGGGAUAGAAACUAGAGCUAUGAAGAUGGUCGAUCCUUUACCACUCCAGUUAUAUACAUUAAUGUGUGGGUUGCCUUUAUGAGUUGAAGGUUCAACGUUUGACGUACAUGAGGGAAAACAAUUACGUUCUUCUGCUCACUUUGAUAAAUGUAGCUUCUACCCUUUGAAUGAUACAAUCUGUCAACCAAGUAUACUUCCAUUGCAUAGAUAGAUCCUGUGAUGUAUUGCCAUUGAUCAUGAAACAACUGAAAGGACAGUUUGGCACAGAGAAUACACGCUGUGAAGAUGAUGCCAAUCUUUCAGUUUUAUGUGCUGUUGUAGAAAAGGAAGCUUAUUACUAAAGUUUUCUCUUACAAUUACUGUCACUACAACUUGGCAUCAAUUUGUGGCUUCUGCAGAGGUAGAAGCAGAUUGCUCAGAUCCCUGUCUGACAGCUGAGAUGCCUUUGGUUUAUGCUGUCUGGUCUUGGAACUAAUGACUGUACCACCUAUACCUAUGCUGCGAUAGCUUGGCCUCCUGGCAGAUGUGGGGACAGCAGGUGAGGAGUGGAAGAGCUUGGAAUUGAGUUCCCACUUCUGUGUCCUUUAUACCAUCAUCCCUAUCCUGGGUUAGGAUUACAUCACUUUUACCACUCAGUUAAAGAGUACUCUGUGACGUUCUGUGCUGUGUUGCAAGAGCAAAAGUAAGAUAUCUAUGAUUGUUUUAAGGGUGGCACAUGUGUCUCAUGGCCAUUUCAGCUGAUGUCUUUCAUGGUCAUUUGUGAACUUUACUUGAUGUUCCAGAAAGAAUCACUUACUCUGUGCCAGACAUUCUGACAAUAACCUACUUUAGCAAUGCUGUCAUGUUCUUAUUGCCAUUCACAGAAUUGCAGAUAAGUUGCAGAAGGAGGCCAUUCAGCCCGUAAGUCUGCACCAGCUCUUUGAGCAUUUUAACUUGGUGGCAAUCACCUGCAUUUUGCUACAACUUUGCACAUUGGAUGACUAGUUAAAUAACAAAAUGCCCUCUCAAAUGCCUCAACUGAAUCUGCCUGCACCACCAUUCUGUGAAGUAUGUUCCAGACAUUAACUACUCACUGUUUGUAAUGUUUUUUUCUCACCUUACUUUUGCUUCUCUUGCAAAAAUUUACAACUGUCUUUUAGUUCCCAGUCUGAGAGAGCGGAGACAAGUUUUUCCCCAUUCAUUGUCCAGACCACACAUGAUUGGAAAACUUCUAUCAAAUUUCCUUUUACCUUUCUCAUCUCUGGAUCCAUUCACAUCAACCCCUGAUGCACUCUUUCCAUUGUAUUCAUAUCCUCCCUAUGAUAGGGCACCCAGCACUGUAAACAGUAUUCCAGCUGAGGUCUAACUAGUAUCUUUUAUAAGUGUACCAUAACUUCCGUGCUCUUGUACUCUAUGCCCCUAUGUUUAUUGCCAAGUUACUGUUACAUUUUUGUCUUUCUACUUAUCAGUAAUGACCCCAGAAUUCAGACUCCAGCUUUGUCGAACUUGGAUCUUCGACAGAUGUUCCUGUCAACAGUCUCUGCUCAUGCUCACUUAUGAAUUGAGAAUCACCAGUUCAUGACACACUGAAGCAACAACAUUUACACCGUGAUGGUGCACCAUUAGAACGGAUGAAGAUCCAUGAAAAAUUGCCAUCAGACUUUUGUUGUUCUGCAAAAGCUUGGAAAUCACUCAGGCUCCUCAUAAUUUAGCUACUGUUGGAGUAAAGUCACAUGUGAGUCAAAGGUAAUAUUUCUAGCACCUGACAUCUGCAAAACAAGGAUGCUGAGGUACUUCAGUCAGCUGCAUAUGCUGUGACAAACAACCUCUGAUCCUCUCCUUCCUGUUUUAUACUCUCUUUGAAUGAAGGUCACAUAUUCAAAUAAUGAUUGCAGUGCAGUCAUUGUACAGACAGAAUACAUCACUGGCAGCUCUAGAUAGAUAAAUGGGAAGCUGAACAGGUGCUUACAAAGUGAAUGAUGAGUGGUAUGUAGAUGGAUGUAAGAGUAUGUUACUUAGCAAGGCAUACUUGGUGGAUACUGGUGAGUUAUGCACCAUGGAGUACAAGUAAUGCCGAAAUUUACUUUAUCUGAUUUGAUUAAAUCAAUAACCCACUUCCUGUACUUCAUCCAUGAUUUGGACACAGUGUCUCACUUUUCAUCUCCUCAGACACUUCCAUUUACUCUGUCUUGAUGAAGCAGCCAGUUCCUUCUUCCUGUUCCUGGGGACAAUUAUCUCCUAACUACUAGCUCCAACCAACAGUUAAUCAGGAGAAACAUAAUUAAGUAUGGCUCCUGGUCAUACUGAUCAUGACUUUUUCAUAACCUGUCUCUCACCACCACUUUUCAAAACUUGCUGUAUCUUCAAGUUUUUUGUCUUUACCUAAUGUCACAUUAUGUGAUUGUGCAUUCUAACUGUGCAACUUGGAGUUAGAAAACCAGGAAGGAGAAAUCUAAUUAGGUAACUGGCAAAAACAAGUUGAGAUCUUAAACUCACUUUGCUUCCAAAUUUCACAUGAGCAAUUCCCACUUCUAGAUGGUGCCUGGCCCACAGGCAUUAAUAUUAUGCCCUAUGUGGCAAAAUUUCACAGUAGUUUUAUUUUCUAAUCAUUUGAAAAUGCUACUGUAGUUGAAUGAUUUCACUACUAAUAGCAUUGCAGGGCUAUGUUUGUUAGUACACAAAAUAUAUUUUCAGUAAAAUUGGUUCUUUAACUGUAUUUGGUGCUGGGCAGAAGAAGGGUCAGUAUUUGAAAGUUAUCUUCACAUUCUUGUAUUACAGAAUCAGAGCAAAACAUUUGAUUCAUAGCAAAGCAUUGUGUAUGCCUGCCAUAAUAGAGGAGGAGUGUGAGGAUGCAGUUAAGUACAAUGUUUGCUCAAUAACUUGAGCUGGCCAAAAGGUACAUGAACAUUGUUAAGCACAUUUAAUGGAAUGCUGACAAGCUUCAGAUACUCUGAUUCACAGCAUUUUGAAGGGAAUAUUUAAAGUGGUUGGGAUUUUAAAAUUGGCAGAUUUCAGAACUCCCCGGUCCUCACCUUCCACCCUACCAACCUCUGCAUAAACCAGAUCAUCCGCCAACAUUUCCGCCACCUACAAAUGGACCCCACCACCAGGGAUAUAUUUCCCUCCCCACCCCUUUACGCCUUCCGCAGACUGUCCCCUUCGUGACUACCUGGUCAAGUCCAUGCUCCCCAACAACCCACCCUCCCCUCCUGGCACCUUCCCCUGC